AGAGACGGCGCUCCUUGAUGCACGGGUGUUGUGACCGGGGUGGACCGUUAUUGUCACAGCGCGCGGAGCCAACACAACCGUCAGAGCAUUUUGCGGGGAUAAAGGCAAAACACAUCCAGCCAAAAUGUCGAAGGUGGAAGGAGGAAUGAAAUGCGUGAAAUACCUUUUAUUCGUGUUCAACUUUAUAUUCUGGUUGAUGGGAUCCUUUGUUCUGGCAGUGGGACUGUGGCUGCGUUUUGACCCUGAGACUGUCUCUCUCCUCAACGGUGAUAAAGCUCCAGACACUUUUUUUAUUGGUGUGUAUAUCCUGAUCGGUGCUGGCAGUCUGGUGAUGCUGGUCGGUUUCUUUGGCUGCUGUGGAGCUGUUCGGGAAUCUCAAUGCCUGCUGGGUUCAUUCUUCGCCUGUCUGCUGAUCAUCUUUGGCGCUGAGGUGGCAGCAGGGGUGUUUGGAUUCUUAAACAAAGACAAGAUUAUCAAAGAUGUUCAGACCUUCUACGCAACAACCUACAAUGAAAACAAUAACGGCACACUGAUCAUGUCAUACCAGAAAGUACUCAAGUGCUGUGGAACCAUAAAAAACCCAUGCCCUAAUCCCCCAGAAGAUACUAAGGACUGUGACACAGGCAUCGAGGACUUCUUCAACAGUAAACUCUACAUCAUCGGAUACGUGGGCAUCGGCAUCGCUGGAGUCAUGAUCAUUGGGAUGAUCUUCAGUAUGGUGCUCUGUUGUGCUAUUCGCAACAGCAGGGAGGUCAUCUAAGCUGGAUCCUUGACCUCCUGUCCCCAGCCGUGAAAGACUGUACAGCCGUCAGAUCAAAUGUCAACCUUUGUCCAUCAUCCAUCCAGGGACCCAGGAUAUAGAUCAUGUUCAAAAAAAUCCUUUUCACUAUGGUGCUCAAACCAGCUCUCCUGGCCUGACCUUCUGUUACAUUCUCUCAAUUUCUAUUUAUUUAUUUACAAGCAAAAUAGCAUGCGCUCAUACCAUUCUGAUAAGACCAUCCGCAUAUCCAGUGGGAACAGUAUAAUUUCUGAUGCUGACCAGACAAUCUGUAAAAUUGUUGUUCCUCAUGGCCAUUUGGCUACCAUCACAAAUUUUGACCCACAUACUGUCGCAGUGGUGUCAAUGCUUUUUCACACAGCCUUGACGCUGACCCCUCGGCUGUGGGAAACUUUAGCCCAGCAAGAGCAAUCUGAGGUGAAAGCAGCUGAGUUUGCUUAUCCGUGUACACGAAUUGACACACACAAACACACACAUGAACACGCACGGACACACAAGCACAGCAAUGUUGUGUUAUGUGAGACCACAGCCUUAAAAAAGGUUGUCUGGAAUCUGGUAGGGAAUCCUGAUUGGUUGAAUCAGAGUGGGGUGUUAAGAGAGGGAAUGGCCAGUGAGUGUUCGGCGAAUGCAUCCAUCAUGCAGCCCCAGCGCGCACACAACACUCUCACUCCGCUCUCACAACUCUAUACAAGUAGUUCAACAGUUUGGAGAAUACACUCAUUCACUUUCUUGCUGAGAGUUUGUUUAGGAGAUUGAAAACACUACUGUGUCAUGAAGCUGCCAACAUCAGCUGGUUAGCUUAGCUUAGCACAAAGACUGGAAACAGGGGGAAACAGGUAGCCUGGCUCUGUUUUUUAAUGCUAAGCUAAACCAACAGGCUGCUGUCUGUGGCUUUACAUUAACUUUACAGACAUGAGAGCAGUGGCGCCCCAGAAAUUUUUUUAUAGGGGCCUUAGGGUGGCACACCAAAACUGAAAGCCAUAACUGAACUUCAGGAAUUUCAUUAUGCUGUUGAAGUAUGUAGGCAAUUUGAAAACUUUCAAUAUGGAGAGUUAAAGAAUCACAUGCUGAUAUACUUUGGUUUCUUUUUUUACAUUUAAAGUCACUAAUCAUCUGAUGUACAUAGGCUAAUACUGGUACAGUUAACAUUUUCAGUUCCUCCGCAAUCCUUUUUUUAUGUGUUUUGUAUUUGUACAUGUUAGGCGAUUCAUUGUUCUUCAAAUUGACUGGUUGUCCUCCUUAAAAGUACAUUCAUUGUAAGGAACAAAACAUUUUCUGGGAGCGACCCAUGUCAAGUUUAGGUGAGACUCGUGGGUACCCAUUUUCAUUCAGAUAUCUUGAGGUGAAAGUUGAAGGGACUCCUUUGAAAAUGGUCAUGCCAGUUGUUCCCUCGCCAAAAUUUAGCCUAGCAUUAUUUAGCUCCCUUCCUGACAAGCUAUGCUGACAUGGUUGGCACCAAUGGAUGCCUUAGGUUGUUUCACAAGAUACCACUACCUCUGCACCAGCUUAAAAAAGCUAAAAAGUGUGGAACAGGCUCUUAAAGACAGUAUGGCAGCCUCCAUAAGUAGGUGUCACAGCGGGGGGCCCAGUGAUAGUAUCGGAGGACAUGGCCUCCCCCCUUUGGGGCGCCACUGUAUGAGCGUGGUAUAGAUCUUCUCAUCUAUCUCUUGGCAAGAAAGUGAAUAAAAAUAUUUCCCAACUAUUCCUUUAAACAACUAAACCCACGUGGUGGUAAAUUACACGACCCAAGCAAGUUUCAGAGUCUUCUAUCAAACAGACGUUAAUUUAAAAAGCUGCCUGGAGUGUCAGGAAAAGUAAAUCCAAAAAUCUAAAGCACACACCAGCCGAACAUCCCAAAGGAAAAGCUCCCUGUAUAUAUUUGCCUCCUUACAUAACAGAGUAUCCUCAAGUCUCUGUUGUUUGUAUGUCAGGAGGAUCAUAUGGACGUGUUUACAGGCUAAAUAUACGCUAGCCGGUUAACUGAGAAUAGGCAGUGAGGCUGUGAAAUUUUGGUUAUCCAAGUCAGACCUCUGAUCUCUUCCCACUUCCGUCUUUUUCCCCCUUUGUGCCUUAAGAGUACACCGCCCGCAACAAAACAAAAACUGAGGAAUAACCCCUGGGUUCCUCUCAUCUCAUCAACCUCAGCAGAUAAGAGGGCUGGACAGACACACAAAAUCUGGAGUCAAUUGAUCCAGGCUCAAUCAGGCCACUGUUAAUUGUGUAGGGUUCAUUCCAGGACUCUGGUGUGUAAAUAUGUGUGAGUUUCCUUGUAGUUGUACAUUAUCUGUGGUUGAUGUGAUAGUAUCUAUUUAACAUGCUGUGUGUAGACAGAGGCUUGCAGUAGUUGUACAGUGUCCAUGUAGUUAUGACAGUGUUUGCAAUAGUCAAAGCAAAUCCAUGCGACUAAAACAGCUUCUAAAUGUGCCUUUCUUUGAUAACGAGCUAUUUUUGAACGUAGCAAAGGAUCGUAGCAAAAGUGUACAUAUGUUUUUAGAGUUGGACUGCAAUUGUCACACACACUCGACGAGUAGCACAUACGGCUCGACUCGCCGUUAUUGUUUCAGUGUGUUUCAAAGUGUCACACUUGACUGUGUCGUCUCUGCCAAGAGAGCUGAAGUGGUGAGAGCAACGAUUUAUCUGCCAACUAUUUCAAAAGCCUCUUUGUAUUAACAAAAUGAUCAAGGUUUGUGAAACACAAGACCUGGUCUAUUUUUUUUUUAAUUUCAGUGUAAUGUGACACAAUUGAGGCUUUCUUACCACUCCAGCAGGCAGUGUUUACUCUGAGGAUUGAGGAGACACAGCAGAGUCACUAGACUGUCACUUCAGAGGCUCUGCGGAGUUAAAACGGGAUAAACUGGGAACAGUUUUAGCGCAACUCGAUCCACAAAGCUGUUGCUGUGUUCCUCAGUUGUAUUCGUUGGAGCAAAUCUGGAGAUGUAACGCACUGUGCACGAAAAUAAGACACUGUGUACACAGUUGAGCCUUUCGUAGUUGAUUGUGUGUUAAUUUAUUUUAAUACCAUUCCAGGCUUCUCAGGAAGAUAGGUGUUUGAAGUUUAAUAAAGCUUGUAAAGUUUUA